CGUUCAGAUUCCGUCCUCCACUAGGUGGGUGACUACGAGCGAGUGGGCACUGGGUAGACCUCAACGAUCCCGUAGAUAUAGAGCCGUGCAAACGGUACACACGCUCGGAAAAUCCACUCGCGUACCUACAGUAUUUUCUUAUUACCUGUCCCAAACAAUCCCCCCCAUCUCCCAAGGAGAAAAAGAAAAGAAAAGAAAAAACCCUUAACGGAAAAAAAAUGCCUCCGCCACCACCCCCCACAAACCCACUCUCGGGCAAUCCCCUGCGCACCCGCGGCAACCUCCAGGAAGCGCUGAGGGCCAUCCUCACUCCGCUCGCCGCAUUCACGUCUCCGGGCGGCGCGCAGGUGCGUCUGGGCGAGACAGCCGUGCACUACGAUGAGACUGCUGCGAAUCUCGAAGGCUUCGCGCGGCCGCUGUGGGGACUUGCGUCCUUGCUGGGAGGCGGCGCCGAUUUCGACGGCCAGCAAAAGUGGGUCGACGGUCUGAAGGCUGGAACCGAUCCCGAGAGCGACGAGUACUGGGGCGAAGUUAGAGAUCGCGAUCAGAGAAUGGUCGAGAUGUGUCCCAUGGGCUAUUGGUUGGCCCUCUGUGGCCCAGGCGAGAAUGGCUUCUGGAAGGACUUCUCGGGUAAGGAGAAGAGCAAUGUUGUGGCCUGGUUCGGAAGUGUCAAUACUCGUGAGAUGCCGAACACCAAUUGGCUCUGGUUCCGUGUCUUCGCCAACCUGGCUCUCAAAAAGCUAGGAGCAGUUCACAGCGCCGAGAAGCUGGUUGCUGAUCUGGACCAUCUGGAUACGUUCUACGACUCCCAAGGAUGGUCGAACGACGGCCCUCCGGAUACUUUACAGAUGGACUAUUAUUCUGGACCGUUCGCGAUCCAGACUUCGCAGUUGAUCUACUCUAAACUGGCGGCAGAUGACGACCCAGAAAGGUGUAAGGAGUACCGCCAGCGCGCCUUGAUGUAUCUGGAAAGCCACAUCCACUAUUUCGAUCCGCAAGGUCGUGCGAUCCCCUUCGGACGCUCAACAACCUAUCGAUUCGCCAUGGCCGCUUUCUGGGGUGCCUUAGCAUUUGCCUUCAGCGACCCCGGCCGGUACGAACUCCCACACACGUACGGAUGGGGCGUAAUCAAGGGCUUCCUGCUCCGAAACCUCCGCUGGUGGGCGCAACAGCCCAUCUUCACUCCUUCAGGGACGUUGACGAUCGGAUAUGCGUACCCGAACAUGUACUUCACCGAGAACUACAAUUCGCCGGCGUCGCCGUACUGGUGCAUGAAAGCAUUCUUCCCGCUCGCGCUCCCAGAAUCGCAUCCAUUCUGGUCCGCGGAGGAAGAGGCGUACCCAACGGAUCUGGAGAGCGUCGCGGCGCUCACAACGCCGCUGCACAUCGCGAGCCAUCUGGGCGGCCACACGUUCAUCCUCUCGUCGGGGCAGGCGUGCCACUACGCACUCAAAGCGACGCAGGCAAAAUACGGCAAAUUCGCGUACUCCUCCGCGUUCGGCUUCUCGGUGCCGACGGGAAGCUUCAGCCUCGAGCAGCAUGCCAUCGACAGCAUGAUCGGCCUAUCCGACGACGACGGCGAGACGUGGAAGACCCGGCGGCUGGCACCCGAGGCCAGGAUCGAAGCGGCCGAAGGCCCGGCUGGUUACCACCUCGUUAGCAAGUGGUUCCCGUGGCCCGACGUCGAGAUCGAGAACAGGCUUGUUCCGCCGACAGAUAAACACCCCAACUGGCACGUCCGCAUCCACCGCGUCAAAGCCGGGCGCAAAUUCCAGAGCGCCGAGGGAGCGUUCGCCAUCUACGGGCAGGAAGCGAGUGGGCGGCACCUCCCACCGUUCAAUGGCUCCGAGGGAUACGAUGAAGCCGAGGGCUCUGUCUUUGCGGUCUCCAGAGCCGGCGCGGUGGGCAUCGUUGAGUUAACGGCAGCGCCGAGGAGGGGUGAAGUCCUCCGCGUCGAUCCGAACUCGAAUCUGAUGGAGAGCAGGACGGUGCUGCCGACGCUCCAUGCCGACUUUGAGAGCGGCGAGGAGAAGGUCUUUGUCACGGCGGUGUUUGCCGUGCCCGAGUGUGUACCGGGCUGGAAAGAGAGCUGGAGGAAGGCGUGGGAGCAGCGGCCGCAGGUGGAGGAUUACAAGAUGUACAUUUAAAGUAGUCGAAUGAUAAAAGCACAA